GCAGUGGUACGGCUGCUGCCCUCGUAUUUGCUACCUCUAGAAACAUUCUUGCCAGUAGUGGCGGCAGCGGGACUCAAUUACCCCCUUUUCUCACUCUCUCCAGAAGCUCCAGAUGGCGUCUUCUGUGGGCAACGUGGCCGACAGCACAGAACCAACGAAACGUAUGCUUUCCUUCCAAGGGUUAGCUGAGUUGGCACAUCGAGAAUAUCAAUCAGGUGAUUUUGAGGCAGCUGAGAGGCACUGCAUGCAGCUGUGGAGACAAGAGCCAGACAAUACUGGAGUACUUUUAUUACUUUCAUCUCUACACUUCCAGUGUCGAAGGCUGGACAGAUCUGCCCACUUUAGUACUCUGGCAAUUAAACAGAACCCUCUUCUGGCAGAAGCCUAUUCGAAUUUGGGGAAUGUGUACAAGGAAAGAGGGCAGUUGCAGGAAGCAAUUGAGCAUUACCGGCAUGCAUUGCAUCUCAAACCAGAUUUCAUCGAUGGUUAUAUUAACCUGGCAGCCGCUUUGGUAGCAGCAGGCGACAUGGAAGGGGCAGUACAAGCUUACGUCUCUGCUCUUCAGUGCAAUCCUGAUUUGUACUGUGUUCGCAGUGCCCUGGGGAACCUGCUCAAGGCCCUGGGUCGCUUGGAAGGAGCCAAGGCAUGUUAUUUGAAAGCAAUGGAGACGCAACCGAACUUUGCAGUAGCUUGGAGUAAUCUUGGCUGUGUUUUCAAUGCACAAGGGGAGAUUUGGCUUGCAAUUCAUCACUUUGAAAAGGCUGUCACGCUUGACCCCAAUUUUCUGGAUGCUUAUAUCAAUUUAGGAAAUGUCUUGAAAGAGGCACGGAUUUUUGACAGAGCUGUGGCAGCUUACCUUUGUGCCCUAAGCUUGAGCCCAAAUCAUGCAGUGGUACAUGCCAACCUGGCUUGUGUAUACUAUGAGCAAGGCCUGAUAGAUCUGGCAAUAGACACCUACAGGCGAGCUAUUGAAUUGCAACCACAUUUCCCUGAUGCUUACUGCUACCUAGCCAAGGCUCUGGAAGAGAAGGGCAGUGUUGCCGAAGCAGUAGAGUGUUAUAAUACAGCUCUGCGGCUGUGUCCCACCCAUGCAGACUCUCUGAAUGACCUAGCCAAUAUCAAAGGAGACCAGGGAAACUUUGAAGAGGCAGUUCGCUUGUAUUGUAAAGCAUUAGAAGUCUUCGCAGACUUUGCUGUUGCCCAUUCAAAUUUAGCAAGUGUAUUGCAGCAGCAGGGAAAACUGCAGGAAGCUCUGAUGCAUUAUAAGGAGGCUGUUCGAAUCAGUCCUACCUUUGCUGAUGCCUACUGUAACAUGGGAGACAUUCUAAAGGAGAUGCAGGAUGUUCAGGGAGGCUUGCAGUGUUAUACUCGUGCCAUUCAGAUUAACCCUGCACUUGCGGAUGCCCACAGCAAUCUGGCUUCCAUUCACAAGUAUUCAGGGAAUAUUCCAGAAGCAAUUGCUUCUUAUCGCACUGCUCUGAAGCUUGAACCUGAUUUUCCUGACGCUUAUUGUGAUUUGGCUCAUUGCCUGCAGAUUGUCUGUGAUUGGACAGACUAUGAUGAGCGAAUGAAGAAGUUGGUCAGCAUUGUGGCUGACCAGCUGGAGAGGAAUCGGUUGCCUUCUGUGCAGCCUCAUCAUAGUAUGCUCUAUCCUCUUUCUCAUGGCUUCAGGAAGGCUAUUGCUGAGAGCCAUGGGAACCUCUGCUUGGAUGAGAUCGGUGUCCUUCAUAAACCACCGUACGAACAUCCAAAAGACUUGAAGCUCAGUGAUGGUCGACUGCGUGUAGGAUACAUGAGUUCUGACUUUGGGAAUCAUCCUACUUCUCAUCUUAUGCAGUCUAUUCCAGGCAUGCACAAUCCUGAUAAAUUUGAGGUAUUCUGUUAUGCCCUGAGCCCAGAUGAUGGCACAAACUUCCGAGCGAAGGUGAUGGCAGAAGCCCAUCAUUUCAUUGAUCUUUCUCAGAUUCCAUGCAAUGGGAAAGCAGCUGAUCGCAUCCAUCAAGAUGGUAUACACAUCCUUGUAAAUAUGAAUGGUUAUACCAGGGGUGCUCGAAAUGAACUCUUUGCUCUCAGGCCAGCUCCUAUUCAGGCAAUGUGGCUGGGCUACCCUGGGACCAGUGGCGUGCUUUUCAUGGAUUAUAUCAUCACUGAUCAGGAAACUUCACCUGCUGAAGUUGCUGAGCAGUAUUCUGAGAAACUGGCUUAUAUGCCCCAUACUUUCUUUAUUGGCGAUCAUGCUAAUAUGUUCCCUCACCUGAAGAAGAAGGCAGUCAUCGAUUUUCAGUCCAAAGGGCACAUUUAUGACAAUCGGAUUGUGCUGAAUGGCAUCGACCUCAAAGCAUUUCUUGAUAGUCUCCCAGAUGUGCAGAUUGUCAAGAUGAAAUGUCCUGAUGGAGGAGACAACGCAGACAGCAGUAAUACGGCUCUUAAUAUGCCUGUCAUUCCUAUGAAUACUAUUGCAGAGGCAGUUAUUGAAAUGAUUAACAGAGGACAAAUUCAGAUAACAAUUAAUGGAUUCAGUCUUAGCAAUGGACUGGCAACUACCCAGAUCAACAUUAAGGCUGCCACUGGAGAGGAGGUUCCCCGUACCAUUAUUGUAACCACACGUUCUCAGUACGGGUUACCGGAAGAUGCCAUUGUGUACUGUAACUUCAAUCAGUUAUAUAAAAUUGACCCAUCUACUUUGCAGAUGUGGGCAAAUAUUCUGAAGCGUGUUCCCAAUAGUGUACUGUGGCUGUUGCGUUUUCCAGCAGUAGGAGAACCUAAUAUUCAACAGUAUGCACAAAAUAUGGGCCUUCCCCAGAACCGUAUCAUUUUUUCACCUGUUGCUCCUAAAAAGGAACAUGUUCGGAGAGGGCAGCUGGCUGAUGUCUGCUUGGACACUCCACUCUGUAAUGGACACACCACAGGGAUGGAUGUCCUUUGGUCAGGGACACCCGUGGUGACUAUGCCAGGAGAGACUCUUGCUUCCCGAGUUGCAGCUUCCCAGCUCACUUGUUUAGGCUGUCUUGAGCUUAUUGCUCAAAAUAGACAAGAAUAUGAAGACAUAGCUGUGAAACUGGGAACUGAUCUAGAAUACCUGAAGAAACUUCGUGGCAAAGUCUGGAAGCAGAGAACAUCUAGCCCUCUGUUCAACACCAAACAAUACACGAUGGACCUAGAGCGGCUCUAUCUACAGAUGUGGGAGCAUUACGCAGCUGGCAACAAACCUGAUCACAUGAUUAAGCCUGUUGAAGUCACUGAGUCGGCCUAAAUAAUGACUGUGUGCACAGGAGAAUUACCCUGUACCUGAGCCUCAACCUUCUGGGGGAAAGGGAACUACUUUUUCCUUAUCUGUACAAUACCAUGCUGCAGAUGGGUGACAGACAAUGAUAAGAAAUAGCACAGCCAGACUUGCUUCCUACAUGAUCAUGAUCAUGAUCAUGAUAGGGAGAGACACAAGAGAUGGGAAACUGCUGUUCCACAAGGAGUCUCCAUAGAAUUUUGCAGCAGCCAGGUGUCUGGAAGGUCUGGAAGUUGUCUUGGUCCUUCUGACCCCACCCGUCGGUGCUACUUCAGUUCCUUACCCCUUCCCUUCUGACCCUGGGCGGUGAGAUCCUCUUUCUCCGGCUGGUCCGCGGCAAGUGGCACUCGAACAGGGACCUGAAGCGUGAAGGCAAUUAAAAGAAAAAGAAAGUGCAGGAUUUUCAGGUACCUUGGAACGCCAUUACCCUGCUGAUAAAUUGAUCCAAUUCAGCAAACUUAACUCAUAUCUUUCCUUCUAUAAUUAGGCAACAGCCUGUUCCUCAUGUACCUUUGGUUUUUACGGACGGUUCUUCUUCAGGAGUGGCUACUGUAAUCAUUGACCACAGAACAGACCUCGUUAAAGAAACUUCCUUGACUUCAGCUCAACGUGUUGAACUCUUAUUCGUUCCCAUGAUGGUCCUGUUGCAGGUCUGUAUAUCCGUGCUCAUUCUAACUUGCCUGGUCCAUUGACUAAACUUAAUGCGACUGCAGAUGUUUUAACUCGAUCUAAACGUGAUCUUUAUCCUGUACAUUUUCCUCCCAAGAAUAGAGUUGAAGUUACUCCUCCUCCUCAAUCUCUUUUCCCUAAAGCAGGACAGGUCCCAAUUUACCGUACUCCUCCUUUCCGUUCGUCAUGCUGUCAAGAAUGGCUAAUGUACUGCAUUCAUUAUCUUCAUACUCUUGAUACUCAUGGUCCAUGUCCUGGACACCCUCAUAUUAUGGGGGAAGGUUGGUGGCUGAGCCAAGAUUGGCCUCUCAAUCUCCGGAGGUCCUCUGGAAAGAUCCGUUAACCAGCACUUGGCGUGGUCCUGAUCCUGUGUUGAUUUGGGGACGUGGUCACGUGUGUAUCUUUCCCAGAUCAGUGCCUGGACCUUGCUGGCUUCCUGAGCGCUUAGUCAAGCAAAUAGAUGGCUCGCCACAGCUCACCUAGUUCAGAAGAUGAAGAAGCUCUGCACCUCUCCUGAAAAUUUGACAGUGUUGAUUCAGAAAAAGAAGAAGAAGAGGAGAGCACUUGCCAGGACGACUCAAAGGAGUGAUGUUCCAACUUGGGGACAAAUUAAACAACUGGUUUCAUGAGCUCAAGAGUCAGUGAAACAACAGAAUAAUCCUGUUACACCUGUAACUUUAUUUUUGGUUAUGUUGGCAACCAUUUCAUGUGUUCCCUCUGUUAAUGCAGCAACUUACUGGGCCUAUGUACCUGAUCCUCCACUAUUACAACCCAUAUCUUGGUCUGAAGCAGAGUUUCCUGUAUUUUACAAUGAUAACUGUUUAUGGGCCUCUUAUUGGGAAUAUAAAAGAAAUCAAUAUGUCUGUAAAUUAUACUAACUGGUUUAGUACCCAUCCUGUCUGUCUUAGCCCAUUGAAUCUGGAAACUGGAUGUGUAAAGGCUAUUAGUUAUGAGCAUACAGAUGUUUAUGAGGGAACGGAUCAAUCAAUUAGUUUGUCAGGCUCUCCAGGCAUCCUUCGUUUUACAGGAACCAACAUUACUCUUACAUGCCCGGCUACCAGCCGACGAGAGGAUCUUAAGGAUACCAUCAUUUGGUAUAAAAUGGGCAAGCUAUUAAUAUUAGAGGUCAAAUCUCAUACGCCUCACCACUUAGGGAUUCCGCUAUUACUAUAGCCAAGAUUACAGGUGAAGAUUCAGGAAAUUAUUUCUGUAUGAAGCGUUUACUUGGAGGACAAGGGAUACUUAUAGCUGGACGUAAGGUUACUAUGCUUAACAGAAAAUCAAAAAAUCAAUUGCCUCCCCUUACGACCGUUAACUUUCCUGGAUCCAAUUUUGAACAUUGCAAUGCAUCUUGGAAUAAUAACCAAAUAUGGUGUACUAUAGAUUAUACCAAGGUGUCAAUUCUUAUCUCUUCUUU